GCGACUAAUCACGUGAUACCCGACAUUUGAGGCGGUGUAAAUACAAAGUACAAAUCAAAGAAAUAUGGUAAAACGAUGUGCAUGGGGCACUUGUAACAGUGAUUCGCGCUACAAAGACAAGGAAUAUAUGAGAGAUGUUACUUUCUGGCCAAUUCCUAAGCCCAAAACAAGAUUACGCGAAACUUUAGUGUGGGUGAAAGCAUGCAAUAGGAAAAAUUUCACUGUGAAAAACGUAAACAAACAUGCCUACGUAUGCAGCAAGCACUUUGUGGAAGGUCAGCCUACAGAGAAAUAUCCGUACCCGGUUAUUGCAGGAUCGUCAUCCCAGGGAAAACCAUUGAGAAAACCCCCAACUAAAAAGGCUAACAAUCACGAAACCACAACCACCACAAAGCUUUCCCGUAAUGUUGAUAUCGAAACCGUUCCUACCCCGGCAGCAUUUAUUGUGAUAGAUGACGUAGAGGAUAUUGCAACUGAUUCUUUUGAUGAUAUUGGGAAGUCUGACCAUCUCCCAGAGCAUGGAUAUUCAUCCAAGAAAGUAAUGGUGGAUCAAGCAGUGCAAACCACAAUAAAUAAAGAACAUCUCUGUGAUUAUGAUGAUGAUAAUUUGAUGAAUGGAGGAAGCAUGCGUAGACAAUUCAUUUUGAAGGAUGUCAUGAAAGAUGACAACAGCUGCAAGUUUUAUACUGGUUUGUCCCUGGCAAUGUUUGGGUUUCUCUUUGUGUUCCUGUCUAAGUCGGCAAAGAGUAUGACAUACUGGAGAGGCAGUGAGACAAGUAAUGAAAGAAAACAGACUCCAAGGAAAGGUCCUAAACGUGUACUGACAGUAAAUGAGGAGAUGAUCUUAAUGCUUCUGAGACUGCGAAGAGGAACUCGGAUUCUUGAUUCGCUGGCCAAGCAGAGAACAAGUAAGAUUUAAACGUCCAGCAUGUUUCAAACAUUUUCCCAAAACACGUUGUAUUAUUGACUGUACAGAGUUUUUUGUGCAAAAGCCAAGUCUGCCAUCAUCACAAAGAAUAACUUAUUCUUCCUACAAACAUCAUAACACUUUCAAAUGUUUAGUUGGAAUAACACCAAGGGGGUCAUUUUCCUUUAUAUCCAACUUAUUCACUGGCAGCAUAUCGGAUAAGAAAAUUGUUGAGCAAUCUGGUUUCCUUGAGAAUUUGGAAUAUGGAGAUGACAUUAUGGCAGACAGAGGGUUCUUGAUCAGGGGGGAGUUAGCUCUUAAAGGAGCGACAUUAAACAUUCCUCCAUUUGCAAUGGGAAAACAAAUGUGUAGCGCAGCAACAACGAAAACAAGGAGAAUUGCUCAUGCAAGAAUUCAUGUUGAAAGAGCAAUAGGUAGACUGAAAAACUUUGCCAUUUUACAGGGUACCUUACCAUUAAGAAUGAAGACUCAGUUUGACAAUGUAGUUAAAGUUUGUGGUAUUCUUUGUAAUCUAGACAAGCAACUUGUUAAAUGAGUUGAUGAGUAUAAUUUGUAAUACUCAAAUGUUUCUCUAAGUGAUUACCUAUCAUAGAUUUGUUGCAUUGAUAUUUUAAAAAUAUUUAAGUUUAUCCAUUUAAGAUAAACAAAAUUAUUGACUAAGAAUCGAACUAAUUUAUCAAGUCAACAUUGCUUGUAUUUCGGUUAUUGAAUGUAGUACAUGUACUAGGUUUUACUUUUACAUUUAAUCUUUCAAAAUGACGCAAGCAUUCCUUUGCGCAUGCUUCCCCCUUUUUUGCUUGAAACUUCCCAGUGGGUUGGUCACAUGAAAAUCCCCACCCACUCUCCCCAAAUUUUGUAUAGGUAAAUUUCCUGCAUGGUUAAGAGGACUUUUUCUGCUGCGGAUUUUGCUUUAAAUUUCAGAUUCAGCAUCAUGACUUCUUAAAGGGACAUGUUGAGGGUACAUCAUUGUGCGGAAAGAGACAUUAUGUUGAAGCUACAUCAUUGUGCGGGUCUGGCAGGAUUUUGCUAUCUAGAGAGCCAUUCACUGUUGGAUACUGUCAUUUCCAGGUCCUUCGGUGGUGUGGUUUUCUACUCACUGAACAUAUGAAAAUAAUUAACAAACACCUGUAUACAUAAGAUAUUACAAUUUCUAGAGAUUUAUUGACAAUCCAAUCUAUUUCGGAUGAAAUAAAUCAAAUUUGUACAUACAACUAAAAUUACAAUAAAUGUGAAAUGUCA